UCGGCCUUGGUAGCGCGGAGGGCGGUCAGCCAGGUUCGGGCAGCAACACCAGCCCUGAGGCGGCGGGGGGCGCGGCAGGCAGGACCGGCACAACUAUGGCGCUACCGCUCCUGCCCGGGAACUCUUUCAACAGGAAUCUAGGAAAAGAAAAGUUCCAUAAAUCUCAACAUUGGAGUUACUGCAAUAAGGUUUCUAUGUUGGUGGGAGAAGACAAACCUGGAAUAGGAGGAGAACCUUUGCUUGGACAAAAACUAAAACCAAAGUAUAGUGUAUUUCCUAGAGGCGUUGGAAGUGAUGCACCUUCAUGGGUAGCAUUUGAUAAACAGGUAUUGUCUUUUAGUGCUUAUUUUGAUGAAGAAGUUCCUGACAAAAAUCAAGAGCUGUUUAGAAUAAGACAUUGUAAAAUAUAUUUCUAUCUUGAAGAUGACACAAUUCAGGUUGUUGAACCCCAAGUGAAGAAUAGUGGAAUUCUACAAGGAACACUUCUUAGGCGCCAUCGGAUUCCACUCCCGCCUCCUAAUGAAGAUCAGUUUUAUACUGUUGAUUAUUUCAACCUUGACACUGAUGUGAUAUUUUAUGACCAAAGAUAUAAAAUUAUAGACUGUGAUCAGUUCACUAAAAAUUUCUUGAGAAAGAUGGGAGUCAAAGUAAAUCCCCCGUUGGAACGUCCAGAUGAUCCCUAUACGAAAGGACGCCAGAAGUUGAUAGAUAGUAUGACACCAUUGCGUCCCUAUGAGCGCUUUGAUACACUUCGUCAGUUUCUGGAACAUGAAGGACAUGUUUUACGUUUUUAUGGUGUUUGGGAUGACACUGAAACAAUGUUUGGGGACAUUCGAGAAGUGGUGCUACAUUAUUUUUUGGCUGAUGAUACGAUUGAAAUAAAAGAAGUGAUACCUUUAAAUUCUGGCCGGGAUGCUGUACCUCUAUUCCUCAAUAGACAGAAACUACCAAAGUUUGCUCCAGUUGGAAUAUAUCAGCCUGGUACAAUUACAGAUCGAACAGUCUUGAAUGUGUUUGGAGGGCUAGUUGGGAAUAAAGGUCGUUAUAUUCUGGAUAAUCGUAAGACAGGAGCAGUGUAUCAGGAAUUUUAUAAAGACUGUGACCUGAGAAUAGGAGCAACAAUCAAUGUUUGGGGACGAAAAAUAAUUCUCUGUGAUUGUGAUGAAUUUUCCAAAGAAUAUUAUAAGACAAAGUAUGGAGUCAAGGAUUUUACUCCAGUUCCAUACAAGACAGCACCUUCUCUGAAAAUAGAAAGAGUGAUUCCUCCGUACAGUGGUUUUGGAUCUGAAGAAGACUCUCUUUGCUCUUGCCUUAGCUUACUUCCUAAACCUCCCCAAAAGGACUUCAAGAAAUUCAUGGAAAAAGACAGACAAGGCCUUGAAAGCAAUAUUUUGCGGUUCCUUGCACAAUAUAUUACUUCUGAUCCCAUCGCUAAGGAUCGGAAGUUCAUUAUUUCUUAUUUUCUAAGUGAUGACACGAUAUCAGUGUUUGAACCUCCCCAAAGAAAUACAGGAGUAAUUGGUGGGAAAUUCUUGGAAAGAAGUCGCAUUAAAAAGCCUGGACAAGAGCUUUAUAAAAGUGAGCCAUCUGAAUACUACACAGCUAAGGACCUGUUUGUUGGAGCCAAAGUGUGUUUCCAUGGCCACGUCCUUCUUUUGGUGGAUGCUGAUGAAUAUGCUUUCAACUACAUGGAGAAGCAUGCAAAUGAGUAUGCUAUGGCCAAUAUCAACGUAAUCCUGAACAAAUUGAAAGUUAUAGGAGAACCUCGGUCAAGAGAGAUUAAACAGAUUUUUGCAGCCGCUGAUCCUCAGAGCACUUACAUGAUUGAUUAUGAUGAGUUCAGAAAUGUGUUAUUGAAUAUCUCAGAUGGAAAAUUAUCAGAACAUGAAAUUAUGACUAUUGGGCGAUAUUACAGUGUAAGAGAGGAGAAUGAAAUGGAUGCCACUUAUCUUCUGGCAGUGUCUCAGGAAAAUCUCAAGAAAAAUAACUUUGAAAAUUUUGGCCAGCUGUUGGCAGCCUUGGCAUACAGUGAUCGGGAAAAAUGCGGACUGCUGGCCAGUGACAAGUGCAGGACUGUUUGCAAAUCCUUCAGGCUACCAUUAGCAGAUGAUCUUCUACGUGCUUUAUUGGCUGCAUGUGAAGAUUGCAAAGAACAUGUAAAUUAUAAGAAGUUGGUUGAUAGGCUGAACUGGAGAGAGCACCCAAUUCCAGCUUUCCAAACCAUCCUGACGCCAUUACAGUAUGAAGAUGGAUGGAGUGGGGAGCCACCAGCACUUCCAGUGAAAAAAAUAAAAUACCUACCAUUAAUAGAAGAUGUCUUUGGCAGCAAAGAUUAGCCUUAGUCCAUACAUUAUACUUCUUAUGGAUAAACAUUGCAACUUUCUCUUUCUGGACAGUUACUGCAUAUUUUUAUUUAAACAAAAUAAAAGAAUCACAGCUAUAGAUUUUUUGGGGGGGAUUAAGUUUUAUUUUUUAUUUUAUUGUAGAAAUAUAAUUCAUAUACUUUGUAAUUCUUUGAAAUGCUUAUACCAUAUAUUCAGUAUAAUAAUUUAAAUGUGUUUUUAUUUUCAGUUCUUACAUAUGGAAUGGAUGCUAUAUAAUUUAGAAUUUUGCUCCUUUCCACUUGAACAAUCAAGCUGUUACCCUUUGUUUUUUCAAGAAAGUCCUUACAAAUUUUGGGAUUAAAGCCUGGCCCUUUGAGAGUUGCAUAGAAGAGAAAAAUUGACCAGAAUCUCCCAGCCUAGCAUUUUAAAUGUUGUUAAUAAGUAAUUACAAUUCAACUUCCACAUGAAAAGGAACAGGAAUGUAUAUUUGCAUGUCAAAGCAUGUCAAUAAUAGUUAAAAUGACUCCAGAUUACCGCCAGGCUUGUUCUAUGAUUAUAAUAAGAUAAUAUCUUUUUCAAAAUUCCCAAUUGAUCGUUAAAAACAACCAAAAGAAAAUGCAAGAAAUACCAAGAAUAAAAAUCUAUUGAUAGAAGGUCACAGGGAUGUGCUUUAUGCAGAUACGGAUUGCUCAUGGAGUAAGUUUAAUAAAAUGUAAAACAUGUUUUGUUCUCAGCUGUCUCAUGACAAAAGUAACUAUCAUUCUUCAUCCUAUUUUGUUAAUAUAGCCUUAUGCCUCUCUUAAAUAUAGGUGUGUGUAUGUAUUUAUAUGAGAAAUAUAGAUAAUAGAUAUGGGUAUAGAGAUAGAACUAGAGAUGGAUGUGUUUAAUAGUGCAGGCAGUCCUCUUACAAGUGUGGUACAGUUCUAUUUAGCCAGAUUUUGUUUGUGGGACAGAUUUUGUUUUGAUAUUCUUAAAUACUAUCUCAGGAAAAACAUUUACAUGAGUGAUAUAAUUAAUAACAAAUUUAUUAAAGUACCUGGAACUUUCCUAUCUUUGUUAUAGCACAGUAGUCUGGUAAUAGUGAAAUAUUCAUAAUCCUUUCCCCCAUUUCUUUCUAGCGUAUUUUGGAAUACCAAAUAUUUCUCCUUUGUUGGAAAAGAAUUUGAAUAGAUUUAUUAAUGACUAAAAUAAAUUUGUAAUAAAAUCAUACAUUCCUUUAA